UCUGUUAAAAACAUUAUAGCUAUGUAGACAAAUGUGAGGGGAGUGGCAGGCUGAACAGAUGGACAAAGGCUGCCUGUUCAACAUACAAUCUGCAAAUCUCACAUUAUGCUUCUUCGCCCGUCAUGGCGUUAACUGCAAUUCUCGAGAUUCUUGAUUUUAAGGGACUAUUGCUCGUCAUAGUGGCUUUUCUCUUGGUGGCAGACUACGUGAAGAACAGAAAGCCACCAAAUUACCCACCCAGCCCUGUCUCUCUUCCAUUCCUAGGAAAUGUCUUCAACAUUGACUCCAAGGAGCCACAUAUAUAUCUGACAAAGCUAGGCCACACCUACAACAAUAUAUUCAGCCUGCGAUUAGGAAGAGACAAAGUAGUCUUCAUCACUGGUUAUAAACUAGUGAAGGAGGCGCUGGUGACUCAAGCUGAAAACUUUGUGGAUCGGCCCUACAGUCCUGUGCAAUGGCGAGUCUACUCAGGCAAUGCUGGACUCUUCUUCAGCAAUGGUGAAAUGUGGAAGAAGCAACGGCGUUUUGCUCUGUCAACACUGAGGAACUUUGGAUUGGGAAAGAAAACAAUGGAGCUGGCCAUCUGUGAAGAGAGCCGUUUCUUGCUAGAUGAAAUCGAAAAACAGAAAGGAGCUGCUUUUGACCCAACCAUCCUGUUCAACAAUGCUGUUUCCAAUAUCAUCUGCCAAAUGGUGUUCGGCCAGAGAUUUGAUUAUGCGGACCACCAAUUCAGGACAAUGCUAAAAUAUAUAUCUAAAAGCAUUCAAUUAGAGGGAUCCAUUUGGGGCCAGCUCUAUGAAGCAUUUCCAGCUAUUAUGAAGCAUCUUCCUGGGUCACACAAUGACAUGUUCAGUAACUACAAAUUAUUGCAAGCUUUCGUAAAAGAGGUUGUUGUCAAACACAAGGCCAGUCUGGAUCCCUCAGAGCCUCGGGACUACAUCGACAGCUUCCUAAUUGAGAUGAUGGAGAAGCCACAUGAAACAACAGAUGGUUUUGAUGAAGAGAACAUCGUUCCAUGUGUUUUAGACCUGUUUCUGGCUGGGACCGAAACAACAUCUACCACAUUAUGUUGGGGUCUCAUAUACCUCAUCACUUACCCAGAAAUACAAGAAAAAGUUCAGGAGGAGAUAGACAGAGUGAUUGGACACUCAAGGGAGCCGAGUAUAGCCGACAAGGCCAACAUGCCCUACACUGAGGCUGUCAUCCAUGAGAUCCUGAGAUUCGGAGAAAUUGUACCAAUGAAUGGCUUGCGGGUGGCUGACAAAGACACAACUAUUGGAGAAUGCUUUAUACCAAAGGGUACAGCAAUUUUACCCAUACUACACUCUGUUCUCUUUGAUGAGAAUGAAUGGGAGACACCCUUCAAGUUCAAUCCUGUUCACUUUUUAGACAAAGAGGGCAAGUUUGUGAGGCGGGACGCGUUCAUGCCCUUUUCUGCAGGAAAAAGGGUCUGUUUGGGGGAGCAGCUCGCGAGAAUGGAACUCUUCCUGUUCUUUGUCAGUUUGUUCAGAAAAUUUCGAUUUUCAGCUCCAGAGGGUAAGAAACUCAACCUUGAUGGAGUGAUAGGAGUAACACGCACCCCACACCCUUUCAAGAUCCAUGCAACGACACGCUGAGUGAAUCAUACUUGCUAUGCAAAUUCUAUUACACCAAUAAAUCAACAAUAUUAUGAACAAUUAUAAAGUGUGCAUUUAAAUUAAUAUGACAUUAUAUCUGUUUAACCUCUCUAAGAAAACAAAUCAGAGGAGAUUAUGGCCUUUCUUUUGCCAACUCACUUAAAUGCAAAAGUUCAAUAGUUCUUGUUUGACUAACGGGUGUGAGAGAUUACAUCUUUAGUUCCCAAAAACUAAUACUGCAUAAACCUGCUUAGUAAUGCCUAGUCUACAAAAACUAAUACUGUGUGAACAUUGCCCUUGAAAGAAAUGGAGGAAAGGUCAUUGCGACAUGUUAAAUAUUAUAGAGUCAUCUACCUGUUUCAGAUUGUAGGGUCAGGGGAUGAAGUUCAAGAUUUUUAAGGUCACAGAUAAUGCAUGGUGAAAGAUAUCAGUCUGGAAAAAAAAGGUUUUGCCAUGAUAAUAAACAAUGUUGAAAUCCA